AUGAAUAAUAAUAAUUAUAGUAACAACAGUAAUAAUAGUGGUUUUAAUAGACCAAACUUUAAUACACCAUAUUUAUCACAAGAUGCAAAGAGUAAAUUGUUUGAAGGUGGAGAUGGCGGUGGAAGAAAAUGGGGAUCACCUCCUCAAGACACUGAAUAUACACGUCACUUUAAUAAUGAACAACUUUUAGAUAAACAGAAAGAUGUGAUGGCAGAUCAAGAUAAACUGCUAGAUUCACUCUCGAAUAGCAUUAUGCGACAGAAAGACAUUGCUAUUACCAUCGGUAACGAAGCAGAGAAGCAGGGUAUCAUGCUAGACGACCUGAAUGACCACGUUGAUGGCACAUCAACGAAAAUUAGAAAUGCAUCGAGAGGUAUCUUACGUUUGACAAAGGAUUCAAAGACAACUGGUCAUUGGAUUUGCAUUUGUGUUUUAAUUUUGGUUUUGAUCGUUGUUAUUGCAUUGGCUGCGUCUACAUAA